ACAAACUCAUUUGCAGGUGGAUUGCUUGUGCAACGUAGACGUAAUACCUUUUUGCCGGACUUUUGUUGUUCCUUCUUUUUAAGGUAUAUAUUGAAGACCACUAUAGAUGUUCUGCCAUGUCAGAGUGAAGAGAGUUUGGAGCAAGAAAGGUUGGAAUUGCUUAGUGAAGUAAAAAAGAGGGACAAUACCAUGGUGAUCAAAGCAAAAAUGGCAAAAACUUUCGCGCUCAGAAGACAUGAAGUUGUCAACCUGUCCCCCAGAGUUGUGGAUUUUAAAGACAGAUGGCCUGCACUGUUUAACCCCCAGCAGAUAAAUGAAGAAUUCAGGAGAAUUACCACUUUGGAUUUAGAGCCAAAAUUUAUGCAGAUGUUGGACCAGUAUACCCCAAAUCUGUUGAGCAUAUUUUGUGCCAAAGGAGGAGCACUUGGGCAAACUUUGCAGGACAAAAUGGUUGCCAUUCAUCAGAACCCUGGUGGUGUUACUAUUGACCAGACAAGAGAAGUUGUCAUUCGUUGCUUGGUUCAUUACUUGGGUGAAAAGGAUGAUGAUCUCAUCCAGGAAUACCAUUGCGCCGAAACAGAUUUUCAGCAAGAUCUCAUGCACCACACAAUGAAAAUUUCUGUCUUUAAGAGGGGUGAGCAGGAUGACAUCAGCAUUGUCUUGGAGGGUGCCCAAGUAGUGAGUGGUUUAGGAAAUGUGGCUAAAGCUUGUGCCGUUCUUCUUGGCCUCACUUAUGCUCUAAAUCUGAGCUACCCUAAACAGCUCAGGUAUACAUUUGAAGCAUUUCAAAAGCUCAUCUUAGAGUUGGACACUUGUAAGUUUUCACCCAAAAUGCAGUCUCUUAAGAAUAAGCUUGCUUAAUGUAGUCAUGCAAUACAAUUUACUUGGCUGAACACAGUGUUAAAACAAGCAUUGACAUACAAGUUACAUUCUUUAAAAUGUUUUAAGAUUUACACCACAAAAAUGCAUAUUUGUUUAGUGAUGCAACAUCAGACCACAGUAUGAGGUGUGGCAAAUUUUCAGUUCAGGUACAGUUGAUCUGUAUAAUUAUGUAGAAAUUUGGGACAGUAA